GCAUCACUCACGUAAACUGGUCGCGAUGGGAAAGCGGACGAAUUUUGAAGGUGAAGCGGCGAGCGCGCACACGACUAAGCGCCAGAGGAUCGAAGGCGGCCAUGAGCGCAAUUCUCCACGACCAAACGGCGCUGGUGCCGAAGAGGUGCACUCGGCUCGCGACUUGCAGAAGGUCCUGUAUUUCGACCAGAAUGCGACAAAUGACUUCCGAAAUGGAUUGACCUCAUUCAAGCGGUUCCUCGACUCGAUCCUCUAUGCGACCGACGAACAUGAUGUGCCCCGCCGGCGAACUAUUCUUCGCGAAUUCCUCGAUACGCAGAAAGGCAAGACCCAGGAUGAGAAGCACGAAACGCUGUUACCGAACAUCAUUCAGGCCUGGGACUGGGCCGCCGAGUCCAACUUCGACGCCAUUCUGGCCCAGGUCACCGCUGUGCUUGCUCUUCUUUUCAAGGUCUUGUCCAGCAAUACCGAGCUCACCACAUAUGGCACAACUCUCGCGAGGACAAUACUGCAACCUUCAGUCGCUCGCCGUCUAGUACGCAGCACAUCUGCUGCAUCGAGCAAAGAGAAUGUCAUUUCGCCGGCUCUCAGACUGCUCACGGAGCUCACGCGGUUCAACGAAGGUGCACAUGCGCGAGCUGUCUACUCCAAGAAAGAUUUUACGUUGGAGCCGAGGAUAUUGGGCAGGAACAUCGCGCUAUGGAAAGAGCACAAGGGCAUGUCGGUGGCAGACAUGCACAAGAAGCCGAGUGUCAGGACUACGGCUAUUCGCUACUUGCUCACACAUCUGAGGCUGCAGGACGAGCGUGCCAAAGUCGAAAUUCUCUCCAACACCAACAUUACAAGAGCCGUCUUCGACCAUCUGAGCACUGACCCACCGUUCGUUAUUUUCGAGAUCUUUGAUGUGUUUACCAACCACGUCUUCAAAGAUAAAACCGUUCCCCGCCAAACGAAGAGCCGCAUCUUGAAUGGUAAAACAUUAUCGCGCAUCGCCGGACUCUACAACUACGACUUGCAGGAGGGUUCGCUAUCAGAGGGACAGAAGGCGCCAGAUGAGCUUGCUCACGAGUUCUUGUGCAUGGUGUGCACAGAUCCUGCAUAUGGUGUUAUGCUGCCAACAAACGGCUUCUACCCAUCGACCCACGAUGAUGAAGAUGGCGAUCUUGACGAUGCUGCAGACAACGGGAACGAUCUCGGACUUGAUUCGACAGAAACGUUCGAACGAUUAGGUCGGGUACGCAACGUCAUCUUGUCGGAGUUCAUACAGAGCCAACGGCCGUACGCGAACACAUCACACCAGAAGCUUGUCAUUGAGAUCUUCAAGGCAUCGCCAGAGCUUGUCGCGGACUACUUCAUCAAGCGGAGAGACUUCAACUACGAUCCGAACCUGACCUCCACUUGGAUAGGUUACUCCGCCUUCUUAUUCCAGACAAUACAGCUCCCGGUGCCGAAAUACUUUGGCGUGAAGAAGAGCUAUCGCAACCAACCGCCGCCGGUGGCGGCUAUGAUUCAGAGCGUUCUGCCGCAGCCUUUGAACCAGCAAGUGCUGACCAAGUGCUUGAACCACAGUUCAGACUUGGUCCAGAUGUUUGCGAUCCGUGUGCUCGUUGUCGCGCUACAGAAGCUGCGAAGCAUGGUGCAAGAGCUGCAUGAGGCCAACGUGUUCAGGCCGUCAAAGCAGUGGCAACAAGCAUCGCAACGCCUUGUCGCCGAGUUCAGUCGCCGCUGUCCAGCAAUAAGGACCGUAUUCCUCGCGCUGAAGAAGCCUGGGCUGCAGAGCCUGAAGAGAGAGUCGAUCACAAGAUUAUUGAGGUUGUACUACGAGGUCACACCCCAAGCAGCAUUGCAAGAGAAGUUCGACGUUUCGCUACCACUAUGCAACGCGUUAGUUGAGGUCGAGAAGCCCACAGGAUCCCCCGAGGAUACAGCAUUCCGUGUGAUGGAGCUCGAGCACUGGAUAUCGAUGGCGCGUCACUCUCCUGCCAUGCGGUGGUGGCAGAAGCCGAAAACGCUACAACACUCGCCGUUUGUCACGCUGCUCAAACUUCUCGUCACCUCGAAGGAGAACGAGCUGUAUGCAGGUGUCAAGUCUCUGCUUGAUGCAGUCUUGCAGGAUCAGGAAAUGCUCCAAACAAAGACAACCCCUGAUGCGUUGGACGCGCUUAUUGCCAGUCUCGAGCCGCCCGCUGGAUCAGUCCCAUCGACGGAUGUACUGGACUUCCUCGAUGACUGCUGUGCACGUUUCAUCAAGGUCCCGAUCAAGUACUUCGAUGAUCUAGAUGCGAUGUGCGCAAAGGCAUCGCAAUCAUCAGCAGACGUCGGUGCAUUCAGCCCUCUGCUGAUGACCCUGGCUGAGCAGUGGCCGUUCAAGGGCGGUGAAUCAGCAACAGGGCCUGCCGCAGAAGCCCUGGCCGGGUGGCUGUCGAAGCUUCUCUACCUUUUCAACCUGAUAGGUGAGGACGAAGCAGCACUGACUCUAGUACGCGAUAAUCUGAUCGAGUCGGCCGGCAAAGCGUACAAGGAGCUGCUGAAAGAUGCCUUCCUAUGGAAGAUGUAUAAGGCACGGGCGAAGGAAGCCCUCAAACUCGCGACCGGUGCCGACUUCAGCGGUUCGGAACGAUCCAGUGCAUCGCCUGUACCGCAGGCAGAAGCUGCAGCACCAACCAAGGUUGGGCCAGUGGUUGACCUUGAACUCCCACCACAGGAAGACAAGAAGCACAGUGGUCUGACCCGCUGGCGGAAGAAGGAAAUAGACGAAGCUAUCGAAGACGGUGACAUCGGCGAGCUCCUCCUUUGUCUCUGCUCCAAGCACCAGGAAAUCCGCAUUCAGGCCAUCGCCAACGUCCGCCAGCUCAUGGGGACCAUCGGCCCUGAUGCCCUCACCCAAGACCUUGGCGCUGUCUAUCUCCUUCUCGGCGAGACCCUGGAAUCGCUCGACCCUACCGGCGCUACACCAUUUCCAUACAUCGGCGGUGUCUUCGCGGCGCGUUGCGUGCGCAUCCUGGCUGACCCCACACACGUCAUGUUCAGCAAGGUUAACAGGUUCCUCACUACCGCGCCAUCCUGGGAAGUCGACGUUCUGUCGCGGAAACUGUAUCGCAGCAUUGUCGGCAGUGAGCCAGAAGAUGACGGCACGUAUCAUAAGGAGGUUGAGUGGUUUUUGGAAUACCUCAUUGACGGGUUGCGCACACCUCGAGACAUGGAGAGUCUGAGGAAGAGCAACAUCUUCGAGCAGCUCCUGUCCUUCUACGCAAGCAGGUCAUGUAGUGCGACGAGCAAAGAGAGGAUCAUCAGACUGCUACUGAGGGCUGCGGCGGUUGGGGGGAGUACCACGCUCGUCACACGAUGUGGACUGGUGAGCUGGAUCCAGAUGUGCUUGAGCAACCAAGAUCCCAGGCAGAAGAUGCUGAGAGUACUAGCUACAAGAGUGCUUGAGACGUGUGACCAGGGCAAGGUCGCGGAGUGGAGCAAUGGGACUAUUGAGGCAGCUACUGGCAGUUUGGUCAACGUAGUGGCGUGAGCACGGCCGGCACAGACUUGGAUUUUAGUUAGAGCAUUGCAGGCGCCCUCAUAGCAUUCGCAAAAUAGCAGUCUUGAUUAUCUGAUA